GUGCCAGGAUGCCCGACGCCAUGCUGCCCGCCUGCUUCCUCAGCCUGCUGGCCUUCACCUCUGCCUGCUACUUCCAGAACUGCCCGAGGGGUGGCAAGAGGGCCACGCUCGACCUGGAGCUGAGACAGUGCCUCCCCUGCGGCCCGGGGGACAAAGGGCGCUGCUUCGGGCCCAGCAUCUGCUGCGGGGACGAGCUGGGCUGCUUCGUGGGCACGGCCGAGGCUCAGCGCUGCCAGGAGGAGACCUACCUGCCGUCGCCCUGCCAGUCGGGCCAGAAGCCGUGCGGGAGCCGGGGCCGCUGCGCCGCCAACGGCAUCUGCUGCAACGAAGAGAGCUGCGUGACCGGGCCCGAGUGCCGGGAGGGUGCCGGCCUCCACCGCCGCGUCCGCGCCGGCGACCGGAGCAACGCGACCCAGCUGGACGGGCCGACCGGGGCCUUGCUGCUGCGGCUGGUGCAGCUGGCGGAGGCACCCGAGCCCGCCCCGGUCGGCGUCUACUGAGCCCCGGCCCGGCCCUCCCCGCCCUGCCCUCGAAGCACAAAAAUAAACCU